AUUUGUGAAGAGUGUCUCGACUUGUUUUCGUAAUUUGUGUUCAGCGAUAAAAGGUAGAUAAGAGAGAAGCCUCUUGGGGAUAAUACCACGAUAAGGAUUUGCACAGCGAUGAGUUGACCGAAAAUAAGCAGGCCGUUACAUUUGUGGGGGAGACAACUCGAGCGAUCGGAUUCAUGCGUGACAGCUGAUCAGCUGACGUGAGACCGACCGGUUGUUGGUGCUGGAGAGCGAUACGCGUGUAACAGCUUGUGAUUGUAAUUGUAAUAAACUAGAUACUCAUUAUGCGUCUGGUAAUUUGUGACACAGUGGAUUAUGUCGCAGAAUGGUCUGCAAAGUAUGUUCUGAAAAGAAUCAAUGACUUCAAUCCUAAUGAGAAUAAGUAUUUUGUUCUCGGUCUCCCUACAGGUGGUACACCAUUAGGAAUGUAUAAAAGGCUCAUAUCAUAUUAUCAACAAGGCAAAAUUUCCUUUAAAUAUGUUAAGACGUUUAAUAUGGACGAAUAUGUCGACUUGCCAAGAGAUCAUCCUGAAUCUUAUCACUAUUACAUGUACAACAAUUUCUUCAAACACAUAGAUAUAAAUCCGGAGAAUGUGCAUAUACUUGACGGAAAUGCGUCGGACCUUGAGAAAGAGUGCAAUGAUUUUGAAAAAAAGAUCAACGAGGCUGGUGGAAUAGAAUUAUUCAUUGGAGGUAUCGGUCCAGAUGGACACAUAGCUUUCAAUGAGCCAGGCUCGUCAUUAGCUUCUCGCACAAGAGUAAAAACUCUUGCGCAAGAUACUUUGGAGGCUAAUGCGAGAUUCUUUGGAAAUGACAUCAAUAAAGUGCCGAAGCAGGCUCUAACUGUAGGUGUCGGCACCGUAAUGGACGCGAAGGAAGUAAUGAUCCUCAUCACUGGAUCUCAUAAAGCCUUUGCCCUUUACAAAGCAAUAGAGGAGGGCAUUAAUCAUAUGUGGACAGUAUCAGCAUUUCAACAACAUCCUCGUACACUUAUUAUCUGUGAUGAAGAUGCAACUUUGGAAUUACGUGUGAAAACGGUUAAAUAUUUCAAGGCACUCAGUGAUGUACAUCGCAAAUUGAUUGAGGAAGAUGGAAAUGCAAUUCCCCGUCGCACAGUGCAAAAUAAUUGAAAUGAAUUUGUGGGAUAUUCAUAGCAAAUUGAUCGAGCAAGAAAGCCGGGCACAAUGAGAAAUUUAUUAUUUUUGACGAUUCAGGGGAAUCGUCGAAAUUGAAUAAAAGAGGAUUCAAGAAAUAGAACGAAGAUAAAUUAAAAAUUGAUAAUCAAGCUGUGACUAAAUUGAUGAAAUAUUAUGUUAUGAAAUAUCCUACAUUUGUUAUUUUAAUCAUAUUUUGAUUUAUAUGAAAAUUUUAAUUAUAUAUGCUGUAUUUUACAACUGCCAUAUAAAUGCCAGGGAAAUGUAUUUUUAUAUUGUUCUGCAAAUAAAUUUAUCUUUUGUAUCAUCA